AUGGCCGAAGAGGACGACGACGACGACGAUGAAUAUGGCCCCUAUCGUGGCAACGGCGGCGGGAGUAGUACCAAUAUUCAGAUGAACAAAGAGGUUGCGAUUAAGCUGAACGUUCUGAAAAUUUGGGAGAAUAUGGUUUAUGAGUUUAUGGUGUGCUUGGAAAAUGUGAAGACAAAACAUUCUCAGUUGUUGUAUGAAUCCAAGUUGUAUAGGAUUCUACAAGGAGGAACUGGGAUACCAAAUGUGCGGUGGUUUGGAGUUGCAGGAGAUUAUAACGUUUUGGUAAUAGAUUUGCUGGGUCCUAGUCUUGAAGACUUAUUUAAUUGCUACAGUAGGAAACUUUCUUUGGAGACAGUUAUGCUGGCAGAUCAAAUGAUCAAUCGUGUUGACUUUGUUCAUUCCAAAUCCUUUCUACAUCGUGAUAUCAAGCCAGACAAUUUUCUCAUGGGAUUAGGAAGGCAUGCAAAUCAGGUAUACAUGAUUGAUUUUGGUCUGGCUAAGAAAUAUCGGGCUAGUACAACCCGUCAACAUAUUCCUUACAGAGAAAACAAGAAUUUGAUUGGAACACCAAGAUAUGCAAGCAUGAACACCCACCUUGGGAUUGAGCAAAGCCGGAGGGAUGAUUUGGAAUCUCUUGGUUACGUCCUGAUGUACUUCCUAAGGGAAGGGGCGGGACAUGUAUGUUAUGGUGAGCUACUUGAUGGGAAUUCUGGAAGUUUACUUACUUAAAUCUGAGUAUGUGGUUGUCAAGUGAAUUUAACACUUUUCAGAACCUGAAGAAUUUUUUACUUAAUGCCCCUGCUUUUGAUAAUGUUGAUAGUUUGGCCAUUUCUUCAACUUCUAAUGAAGGUGUUGCAGUGUUGACAUGGG